CAGCUCAGGGAGAGCAGGCUUGUGUCCAUAUAACUCUCUGAUUGCGUGCAUCGGGACAGCUUUUUUUCCCCCCCAUUGUGUUGUAAAAAUGAAAUCCCAGGCUGCCUAAUGCAUAGGCUGUCUCCAGCCGCUGCAUUCCCAUAGCUCAGAAUGACCCCAGAUACAGCACAUUGUACUAGGCUGUCACGUGUGACAGAAAGUGCUGGCUGUCCUUUUCACAACAAACAUGAAACAUUUGCACCUCCAGCAUUUUUACACAAUGGGGUACAUGUUAGCAAGUGUACAUGUAAGUUUCAUAAAGUGAUCUCAUCCCUUUUCUUUUCCUUCACCUUUUUUUUUCCUUUUGAAAAUUUCAUCUUUCCAUGCCUGGGAGGACCCCUCUCCGUUUAUCACUCUGUUUCCAGCAACCGGUUGAAAAAACACAUUAGGACACAUGAGAGUUUUGAUGCUGCGUGUGUAUGUAAUCUGCAAUGCUGGAAGAAUUAGAAGAAUUUGAGGGUCCUGGAAAUGAAAGGGCAGAAGCACAGCCCCCUAGUACACAAGAUAAGGGCACGAAGAAGAAAUUACUUGGCCCAGCUGUCAGCUACCUCAUGGGACCAAGAUUUCUUGUCUAUGUAAGCUGUGCACUUUCAAUAUGGGGGGACCGCAUGUGGCAUUUUGCCAUUUCUGUAUUCCUCAUUGAACUCUAUGGACAUAACCUGCUGCUAACAGCUGUUUUUGGCUUAGUGGUAGCCGGCUCUGUACUAGUGUUUGGGGCAUUAAUCGGUGACUGGAUAGACAGAAAACCCAGAAACAAAGGAGACACUGGGCUGUUUCUCUCCCGGCAAGAUCCUCACACAGGAACGGGUGGGGAGAUGUGGCUGUCAAGACCCCUAGACAAAACAGAAAUCACGUGGUGUUUGUCUUCCAGGAGAGUGGGGGCUAGUGAGGGUUUUGCACAAAGACAAGGUGGAUCUGAUAAUGACUUCUUCCUCUCACUCCCUGCAUUUGCACAUGCAUCAUUGUUCAUUCAGAAUUCAUCUGUCACCGCUUGCUGUAUAGUCCUGAUGCUGGUAUUCUCCUAUAAAAAUGAAAUAGAACAGAUUUGGCAUGGCUGGCUUACAGUAUUCUGCUAUGGAGUGGUUAUUAUUUUAGCAGAUCUGGCGAAUCUUGCAAGCACGGCAUUAACUAUAACCAUACAGAAAGAUUGGAUCGUAGUUAUCACGGGAGAUAACAGAAGUCAACUGGCGGGUAUGAAUGCAACAGUGAGAAGAAUGGAUCAAGUAAUAAAUAUCUUUGCCCCAUUAUCAGUGGGUCAAGUCAUGACUUGGGCUUCUAAUGUGGUUGGCUGUGGAUUCAUUCUUGGGUGGAAUCUGGUUUCACUACUUGUGGAAUUUAUCUUCCUCUCCAGAGUUUAUAAAAUGGUACCUCAGCUGGCUGUAAAAGCACAGCAAUCCAUUGGAGAACAUUACUUAGAACGACAACUGGAACUCCUAAAUGUUCAAGGUGAUCUGCCAAUCUGCUCGGUCAUAGGAGACUUUAUUGGUACACCAGUCAUUCCCAGUGUAUCCCGUGAAGAGAAGCCCCGGACUCCAGAGCCCCCACCAGAACAUACUUCAGCACUUCCAGUUUGCUUGCAAAAAGUACGCCGAAUGUUGCGUACCUGUACAGAUGGCUGGAAAUCCUACUACAGACAAUCUGUCUUUUUAGCAGGUUUAGGAUUGGCCUUCUUGUACACCACAGUCCUGGGCUUUGAUUGUAUUACUACAGGUUACGCCUACACUCAGGGGAUAAGUGGCUCUCUGCUCAGCAUACUCAUGGCCGUGUCUGCCAUCUCAGGAUUAAUGGGCACAUUUCUGUUUACCAUACUAAGAAGACAUUACGGCUUAGUGGUCACAGGAAUUAUAUCCAGCUGCCUCCAUGUUAGUUGUUUAAUGCUUUGCGUAUUUUCAGUCUUUGCUCCAGGAAGCCCGUUUGACUUGGGCAUUUUCUCUGUCAUUAUGGGUGUGAAUUCUUCUUCAAACACUGAGAAACUGCAUCAGAACCAACUCCAUAUUUAUCCAUCUCAAGGGAAUAUUAACCAGCCUAUCCUCCCAGACCGCUCCUCAAUCCACUGGACUAACAAUACUGUGCUGUUUGAGAGUGUACGUGCUGGCGACCAUCCAGACUCCUAUAUCUCAAUCAUACUGCUGUUUUCAGGAGUAAUAUUGGCGAGAGUGGGUCUGUGGUCCUUCGACUUGACGGUGACUCAACUUCUCCAGGAGAACAUUCCAGAAUCAGAACGUGGGGUUGUUAAUGGAGUGCAAAGCUCAAUGAAUUACCUGAUGGAUCUAGUACAUUUCAUUAUGGUCAUUCUCGCUCCUCAGCCUCAGCAGUUUGGGCUCCUGGUUAUCAUCUCGAUCCUGUUUGUGAUCGCUGGACACACCAUGUAUUUUUUUUAUACCAAAAAAUAUAAAUCAAAAGAGAGGGAAUCACAAAAUACUCCUGCCUGAUAGUCUUGUGACUAACCAUUUUUAAGUAGCUAGUACUCCUUGUAGUAUAAUCUUUGUAGUAUGAGUUUUAGCAUGAAGUGUUGGAUAACUUUAGCAAACCUGUCCAAUGUUCACCUAAUCUGUUCCAUUUCUUUUUAUAUUUUUAUUUUAUACAUGAACCACCAUAUUCCAUAUACAGAUUCUAUCAACUUCACUGGAAAUAAACAACAUACAUUACUUAAA